GAGAAAGGAGGAGUAACACAGCAAGGAGGCGGGACUGUGCAGCAUCAGACAAAAUAAGAGCAGUACUCGCAUGUGCUCCUCAAAAGUGCAGCCUGUCUGUUUCAUUUUGCUGCGUUGUGCAAAUAUUUGGAUUAUAUUGAUCAGCCUGGACUUAUGAUGUGCUUUCUUGACUUCAUGUAUGCAAUAUUACAGCAGAUGUGAUGAUGAUGAUGGACCAGCCCGGAUCAUGUGAAAAGUUAUUACAGUCUUCCUGAAGCACCGGAUGACAUGCUUGAAAUGUCCCCCAGCUGCAAAGAUGACACAUUUUGUGCGCUCAGAUAACUUUGGGAUUUUUCACUGGUCUUUGUGCCGAAAUGGAACGGAACCACCUGUUCUCAGCGAGGAUGGCUUCCCUCUGCUCGCUGCUCUUCUACCAGGCAGUGGUGUGCUACGAUAAGACGCACUCGCACGCAGAGGAUGAGCUCUUCAAGACGCUGUUUGCCGCGUACAACAAGUGGUCCAGACCCGUGCCCAACAUCUCGGAUGUGGUCAUCGUCAAGUUCGGACUGUCGAUUGCUCAGCUCAUUGACGUGGAUGAGAAAAACCAGAUGAUGACAACCAAUGUGUGGCUCAAACAGGAGUGGAAUGAUUACAAACUACGCUGGAGGCCGUCCGAUUACGACAACGUGACGUCCAUCAGAGUGCCGUCUGAACUCAUCUGGGUGCCGGACAUUGUCCUCUACAAUAACGCCGACGGGGAGUUUGCGGUCACCCACAUGACGAAGGCGCACCUCUUCCACACCGGCAAAGUCCUCUGGGUGCCGCCGGCCAUCUACAAAAGCUCGUGCAGCAUCGACGUCACCUUCUUCCCCUUCGACCAGCAGAACUGCAAGAUGAAGUUCGGCUCCUGGACGUACGACAAGGCCAAGAUCGACCUGGAGCGCAUUGAGAACACGGUGGACCUGAACAACUACUGGGAGAGCGGCGAGUGGGCCAUCAUCAACGCGGUGGGCACGUACAACACCAAGAAGUACGACUGCUGCCACGAGAUCUACCCGGACAUCACCUACUUCUUCAUCAUCAGGAGGCUGCCGCUCUUCUACACCAUCAACCUCAUCAUCCCCUGCCUGCUCAUCUCCUGCCUCACCGUGCUCGUCUUCUACCUGCCGUCCGACUGCGGCGAGAAGAUCACGCUGUGCAUCUCCGUGCUGCUCUCCCUCACCGUCUUCCUCCUGCUCAUCACCGAGAUCAUCCCGUCCACCUCGCUGGUCAUCCCACUCAUCGGCGAGUACCUGCUCUUCACCAUGAUCUUCGUCACCCUGUCCAUCGUCAUCACCGUCUUUGUCCUCAACGUUCACCACCGCUCCCCCAACACGCACAAGAUGCCACGCUGGGUCCACUCCGUCUUCCUGGACCUCAUCCCGCGCUGGCUCUUCAUGCGGCGCCCGGCCCCCAAUGCUCGGCGCCGCAGGCUGCUGCUGGAGCGCCAGUGUGGGCGGAUGCCGCCGUGCAAGUCGGGCCUCCUCAGCACUUCGGCCACCUGGGCCAAAGACGGCAAAUCCUCCAAGAACUCCUUGGAGGAUCUGGAGCUGGGGACGCUGACCUCGUAUUUCUCCUUCCGCCCUCCAUCGCCGAGGCUUCCGGGGUCGACGCCCCCGCCUCAGCAAAAGACGCCGCAAAAGAGCAGGCAGCAGACAGGAAGUAGGGGCGGCGGCGGUGGCAACCAGCAGACUGGUAAAGAUGAACUUCCUGUGGCGGACUUCCCGCUCUCGCCAAGCAUCAUCCACGCUCUGGAAGGAGUGCACUACAUCGCCGACCACCUGAGGGCUGAGGAUGCCGACUUUAGCGUGAAAGAGGACUGGAAGUACGUUGCCAUGGUGAUCGACCGCAUCUUUUUGUGGAUGUUCAUCAUCGUCUGCCUGCUGGGGACCAUCGGCCUCUUCCUGCCUCCUUGGCUUGCAGGCAUGAUCUAACGUAGCGGUUGUAUUCACACAUGAAAACAUGUCCGCACCGCCGGGUGGUUUUUACUUCACAUGUAGCCCAACUCCACUGUGGUUGUGCUAAUGGCGCUACUAUGAAGCCACUUUAACCAUGGCAUCUUUUUGUUUAGUCUCUUUUCAGCUAAUUCCCAACCAACCUGAUUGGACUCAUGCUAAUGUUAGCAUUGUUAGCGUUCUGGCACCUGGCUAUCUAGGUCAUGUCAACACUUCACCUUAGCCUUAAUGCUAAAAAUGUUAGCUAUCACACGUCCAGUCGGGCCCAUAAAGUGCCCAAAGUGUAUGGUUAGAUUGUAGUGCUUUGUUUACAGCCUUUACUUGGUUUAUUUAGAAGUACGGAUUGUAGAAUAACUAACUUUGGGCUAUGAUAGCAUGUGGUACAGUAACAGGAGCCUUUUGGAAAUACUUUUCUUACUGAAUAUUUGCAGCUUAAGCUUAAUUGAGAGGGAUUAUUCUAUGAAUCGGGGGUUCUCCAAUGGUCUCAGCAUGGGAUAUUUGUCCAUGGGCGUGAAGUCGCGACCCAAUGAAUUUCAAUUGUUUUUUACACUUUUAUUUAGGUCAUUUUUAUUUAUUAUUAUACUUUCUUAUGCUUUUAUUUAAGUCAUUUUGGUGUUUAUUUGUUUGUUAUUUUGUGAAUUUUUAUUUAAUUCAUUUUAUUAUUUAAUUCAUUUUAUUUUUAUUCAUUUUUCAUAAUUUCAUUUAAGUAAUUUUUAUAUUUAUACGUUGUUUUAUUAUUUUGUAGACAUUUUUAUUUCAUUUUUUAGCUUUUAUUUUUUUAUAAUUUUUUUAUCCUUUUAUUUAAGUCAUUUCUAAUAUUUUUAAUUUUGAAAAAAAACAUAUGCUUUUAUUUGAGUCAUUUUUAUUUUGUUUUUAUUUUUACACUUAAUUUUUUAUAAUAAUGCAGUUUAUUUACUUUUGAAUUUUAUUUUAAAUUUUUUUUAAUUUAAGGAAUUUUUCGCCCACUUUUAGUUUUCACUUGGAUUGUAUUUAUAUUUCUUUAUUAUAUUGUGUAUACUUUUAUUUGAGUCGAACCAAGCAAAAGUAUUGCCUGUCAUGUUUUGAAACAUGAGUAGACAUUUUAGAAACGGGGAACAACAUGUUAACUGCACGCAUAAGAAUAAAUGAAAUUAAAAUGAAAUAUCAUCAUCAUCAUCAUCAGUAUUUCACCUCUAACUGUGCAAUGUACAUACUGUACAGGAAGGAUGAAGACAACUGAAAUAUUGCUCAAUUGCAUUUCAAAAUAAGUCAGACAUGAGUUGUAUAUUACAUAUUUAAUGACAUUUUUGACUUCCUGUCUUGAGAACCAGCGCUAUAAAUGACAACAAUUAAAAACCCCUUUAGAAUGCACAACUUGUUCCUAUUCCUGUACAUCCUUAAUCAGAAACAUUAUCAAUAUCAUCCACAGCCACAAUAGAAGUGAUGCCUCUGUGAAAGAUAGCCAGCAUGGAUCUACAGCAUGUACAUCUAUGGUUGAGCGAACAGGAACAAGAGGUGAGAUGGUUUCACAUGAAUGUCCGUGUCAGAGGACCGCAGGUUUAGCCAGGUCGGCCCUGACCCUGGCCUGGUCCACGGCGUCCAGCAUGUUCUUGCUGUCCAUAGCCAGGUUGUGAGCCGCUGCCAGCAUCUGCUUCUUGCACUCGUCCUUCAGAGACGUGAUGGCGUUCUGCUGAGCCAGAUGCAUCUUUCUGAUCAGGUCGCCCAUGUCGUUGUUCAGCAGCUUCUGAGUGCCCUCGAUCUGAAAAAUCAACGCCGUGGCUUUAAUUCUUUAGUGCCGAAGAAAGCAUGUUUGGGCCCUGAACGCAUCACUAUGGGGCAGUAGAUUUGUCAAACAAAAAACAAACCCAGACUAGCUACUUUUGUAUGUCGUCCAUAAUGCACUGUAGAUGCCGCCUUCAAAUAAACACGAUUUGAGGAAUAUUUUCCAGGGGCGCAGGCCCUUCAAAUUAAAAUAGAAAUAUUUAUAGAAUAUAUAUAGAUUUUUUUAAGUAAUAAAAAUAAAUAAAAUCAUUGAAAUUCAAAUUAAUAUUAAAGUUACAAAUAUUAAGUAGAAUUAAAUAAAAUAUAUUAAUGGUGUUAAAUAAAAAGUAUUAAAUAAAAUGAAUAAUGUAUAUUAUGUGAUAUAUUUUUAAUAAAAACUAUUACAUAUAUUAUUAUGAAUUAUUUAAAAACAAAAAUAAAAAUAAUCACAUCUAAAAUAAUUGUUUUAUUAGUGAUAUAAUUGAUGAAAUUGGCCGUUCAUUAAUUAAAAUGUCUAAAACUCGAGCCUGAAAAAAGUACAAUUUCACCGAUUUCAUAUUCUAAUUCAUGAAUUCCAAUUUGACAUGAUUUAUUUAAUUGAAUCCAUGUUUAUUGUGUUUGGAUUUUUUGUGUGUGUUCUGUUUAUGGAUAAAUGGCAACAAAAAAAAAAUUUGGAGACAUUGCGCUAACAAUGGCUAGCUACAAUAGGCAUUGUUGCAUGUUUUCAAAUAUAUCAUUUACACUUAUCUUUCCGCUUUAUUGUGUCCUCAUUCAUGAUUAAAGCUAAGAACGUCAUGUUAAUAUUCUAACUUAUUUUUCCACUUGUAUGACAGUGAGGAAUGUGUCGGCAUUGCCUGCACAUGUCUGACAUGUCCCUGGAAGAGAUGAUUUCUAUUGCCAUGAGUUCCUACGUGGAAAAAAAAAACACAAAUGAGACAGUUGGUGGUACCUCGGUGCGCACAGACUCGUGCAGAGAGGGCAGUAUAUCAUCCACACUGCCAAUCAGAUCCCUUAAGGCCAUCCCCACAGACUGCGAGCAGAGAUCACACAUCACUUUAACGACACACUUCAAUUUCAUAACUACUUUGAAAAGUGUCCACGCGGCAUGAAAGGGAAUGCAUGACAAGGUUUGUGUGCGUGCACCUUCACGACGGUGAUGUACUGUUCGGGCUGCAAGUUGACUAUGUCGUUCUUGAGCUGGACCACCACUUUGACCAAGGCCAUGACGUAAUGGUACACUUUGUCGUCAGAGCGGUCCAGUUCGGCUGUGGGGGCCGGCUGAGAAAGGACGCCAGGGAAUGUUGCAUUUAAAGGCAAUACGGGCAAAAGGUUGUGAUAAUUACCUGUGCUGUGAGUCUCGGGGGCUUUUGUGGUGGACCUGUGGGACACAAACACAGAGAAUAAAGCUCAUUUUUCAACACUAUGAUUUCUACUGUUUUAUGUUUUUCAUGUUUU